AUGUCUGUCGUUGUUGGACUUCGAGGAGAAGCAUGCGCCUCGAAGUCAGUUGGAAGAUUGGCAACGUAUUCCUUCGUGAAGACCGAGGAGCGCGAAAUUUGCGCACGCUUCUCGUACAAACACCAAGUGUUUGCAGAAGCGCUUCUUGUCCUGGACUUGGACGACAAGUUCGACAUGGAGUUAAGCAUGCCCUGGCUUACACGACAUGAUCCGAUUAUCGACUGGGAGAAGCGUACGGUCGUACGCUGCGGACGCCGCGGCGCAACAGAGAGCGAUGGUCCUGUUAGUGCAGCGGAUACACAUAAUGGUGCAUCCAACCUCCUUCAGAGACGGUGGCUCGCGUCGCUGUCUCCGAGAGUUGUUGACAGGAAAAAGAGUGUCUGGUCUGGGACCAGACACUACCAAGAAAUUCUCCGCCGUGAGGCGUCGAGGUGA